AUGUAUAAAGUGUACGUGUAUAUUAUGGGUCACAUUGGUCGUAUAGCUCAAACACAAGAGUUUCUAAAUUCGUCACACGUCACUGUAUUACGUUUAUUAUCCGAUAAUAAUUUAGACGUACAAGAUGAACUCGAAGUAUUUAAUAUAGCUGUUCGCUGGAUUGAAUAUAAAAAAGAUGAGAGAAUAUGUACCGUAUCGGAGCUAAUGAAAGCAAUCAGAUUUACACGCAUAUCUCCAGAUGAAUUAGCUGAUCGCGUUGAAACAGUCGAUUUUGUUAUUCAAGAUCCAUCGACGUUUCAGAAAAUUCAUAAUGCAUAUAGAUACCAUUCAUUGACAUGUAAAAAUAGUUGUUUAUCAAAAAUGAUUAAACUGGAACCAACUCGAACCGGUCGAAUAAAACCUGUUCACGCAACACCAUCUGUUACUGCAGCUAUAUCAAGUUUAACUAACAUUGCUAUACGCUUAAAACAAACUCAGAUCCAUAACGAUUGUGAAGAUCAACGACCACAGCAACAACAAAUAAAUGGAGGAAUGAUGAUGCAAAAUGUUUAUCAAUCGGAAAACUGUGGUAAUCAAGUUGAUCUACGGCACUGUUCGAUAGAAUGUGCUAGUGGAAAACUUCAAACACGAUCAUCCAAUGUCAAUAUACCAUGGUGUCAACGAGAUUGUUCACAAUAUUGUCAAAAUUCACCUUGUAUGAAUAAUAAUACUUCUGAGUCUUCAAUACCAGCGACAACAACUUAUUCGUCUCUUCCAAUUCAACUAACACCAUUCAAUUCUUGGCAACCUUAUCCAUCAAAUUACAAUAUGAUUGUCAAUCCACCUGAUAAUAUGACUAUGAAUAAUUCGAAAGGAGGCAUCAAUGUUGAAUAUAAUCCGAUAAUAAAAAUGGUUCCAACUAAUCAAUGUUAUAAAUAUUCGAAUGAUCAAUAUCAUAUCGAACACAUCUCAUCAAUGUUAAAACAGCGAAUUUAUUUUGGUAUUGGUUUUGUAAAUCAAUGUUUACUGACAAAUUCGAUUGAAUGUUAUGAUUUGAGAAAAGAAUGCUGGACAAAUUGUAUAAUUCAUUUACCCUAUCCUCUAAUGGCAAUGGCUUGUGCUGUAAUUAAUAAUGAACGAAUUGUUGUUUAUGGGGGUUUAAGAUCAAAAACAAAAUUUAAUAAUAAAAUGUUUGCACUGGAUACUAAUCAUAUGAAAUGGAUCAUCUAUCCUGAACAAAAAAAUUAUAUUUCUCAUUCUAAAAUGAUAUUUAUUUGUGGUGACUUAUAUCUAAUCGGAGGCUUAAUGCCAUCAUCAACUUCGUCGUCAAAAUUAACAACAACGAACGAAAUAUUUCGAUGGAAUACGAAUAAAAAUGAAUGGGAGACAUGGGUACAGAUGAAUUAUCCACGAUAUGAUCCAAUAGUGGUGCAAUUAGAUAGAAGUCUUCUUAUUUUUGGUGGUUUAUCAACAGAAUUAAACGAUCUAGUUUCAACAGUAGAAUAUUUUAACGUUAUGAACAGUCAAAUUUCAAUAGUUCAUAUGAAAUUGCCAUUAAAUAUGGUUGCAGCCUGUGCAAUCGUAUUUAAGACGAAAGAUGCACGCCUUGAAUAA